AUGAAGGAUUUCAAAGAAAGCAAAUAUUAUAAGAUCUAUUUCCCCAUAAUUCAUCAACAGAAACCUGGGGGGCUUAUGUUUCCAGACCGGGCUGCAUUGUAUGUGGUAGCAAUUGAAGAUAGGCAGUACAAAGACUUCAAAAUCCACUGGUGGGAGAAUGUAUAUGGCUUUGAUAUGACCUGUAUCAGGGAUGUUGCCAUGAAGGAACCCUUGGUGGACAUUGUAGACCCAAAGCAGGUGGUGACCAAUGCCUGUUUAAUAAAGGAAGUGGAUAUUUAUACAGUGAAGACUGAGGACCUGGUGUUUACCUCUGCCUUUUGCCUCCAAAUUCAGCGCAAUGACUACAUUCACGCCUUGGUUACUUACUUUAAUAUAGAAUUUACAAAGUGCCACAAGAAAAUAGGGUUUUCUACAGCACCAGAUGCCCCUUACACCCACUGGAAGCAAACCGUCUUCUACCUGGAAGACUACCUAACUGUAAGAAGGGGUGAAGAACUCUAUGGAAGCAUAUCCAUAAAGCCAAAUGAAAAAAAUGUGCGUGACUUGGAUUUCACAGUAGAUUUGGAUUUCAAAGGGCAGCUCUGUGAAAUUUCUGUAUCUAAUUCCUAUAAAAUGCGCUAGUGUGCAACUGUCUUCACAAGAGAAGAAGAGAGCAGCAAUUCCUGGUCUGCACAUCUCAAGCUGGGAACAAUUGCUUCCAGAUUUUCAAACUACCUGAACUGAAUAGCUGACAAGUCCUUACAGCACAAAGCACCGGCUGUGGAUCGCUAACAUGAAUGUAUGGAUGUAGUUUCUGUCUAGACUACAGUAAACAACCCUCUUUGUCAAAACAAACAGAACCCACAGUCCACUAGGCGUAUAACUUACUAUGAGUAAGAUUCUUCCAAGCUUUGCAUGCUAUAUGUAUUUUUUCUUACUGAAAAGAUCUUUUAUGACAUUGUUGUGCAUAGAUGACAGAGUUAUAUUAAUAAAGUAUAGAACAUUAGUCUCUGAAUUGGAUUUGUUUCUGUUCCAGCUAGCUGAGAAAAUAUUGAAAUUGCAAUCCUGAACACACAUUCUGCUGGAACCAGCAGGAUGGACGUGGGCAAAAUCUUUUAAUGAAGCGAGCAAUCUUUCUUACCUGUUUACUGUACUUUCUGGAAAAUGCUUGAACUUGUUAGUACAAACUAGGAGUUGAUUUAAAACAAAUUAGCACCAUUAUUUUAUGAAUACAGUGUUUGUUCUAUUUCUCUGUCUGUAAAAGUGGAUUUUGGUUCCUGGUUCAACUGCAGCAGUGGCAACGCGGGACAUUGGAAGUGUCGUUUCCAUUGUGAUGAGUUGUAUGGAACUGUCCCAAAACAUACAGACUGGAGCUUUAUGAAAUGGUGUGUUCCUUUCUUGCUGUAAACAAGAAAAAACAAAACAUAAGAAUAAACAAAAAUAAAUAAACAAAAGCUUUUUAUUUA